AUGACAGUGUCAGUGUGGAAUAGCGAGGAUUAUCCAAUCCUAGAGCCUACCACUCUAGAGUCCUUCAAGCCACCAGACCCGGUCAAUUGCAUUCCCGUGAAGAGAGUAUUCGACUUCAAGCUGCAGCGACUUAGAGAGUCCUUGAAAAUGCCUUCGGAGAUGGACAUAACCAGUGCCAACGAACUCGUCCUUAGGGUCAAGAUGGUGGGGAUUAACUUCCACACAGACUUUGCCCAGUUCAAACAACUCUCACCCAAAACCAAUGUCUAUUCCAAAAGCAGGGCCCCAACCACUCAUAGGACUUCUGCUGUACCAGGAAACAAAAUCAUAGGAAGAAUCCACCGGAUGCCCGAAUACGAAAGCACACACUUCGAUUUUGAAUCCAAAUAUCUUGUCUUUCCCUACUCCAAUUGCAUCAUCCAAAAUAGCCAUAUAAAGUGUUCCGAAUGCCAGCUCCUCUUGAGUCGUAGUCAAUCUCAACAACUUUGUAGUGAUAACUACAAAAUCUAUAAGCGUCACCAAUGCAAUGGCAAUUGGGUGUAUGGAACCACCAUCGAUGGCGGAUUACAGGACUAUAUGAAGAUUUUAAACCCGGAACAGACUCUUGUGACGAUUCCACGUAAUGUCAGCACUCAUGAUAGUUGCUUCAUGCUUGAGGUGGCUCUUCCAUUCUACUCAUUCAUCAAAGAUACAUUUAUGACAAACGGUUCUAACAAUAUUCGCAUUCCAGGUAAGAUCUUGAUAGCCUUGAAGGAGAUGUCAAAACAGGUCAACGAUAUCCUCAUAGUCCUCAAACAUUUCAAAAUCAAGCUGUCAGACGUCUGCAUUGUAGACGAAGACAUGAUAUCCAAACUCACCAAAGCAGACCUUGUCAACUACCAUCAGAUGUUCAGCCAGAUAUUCCUCUUUAACUGUAGUGAUAAUAUGAUUAGAUUCGCAGACUUCUGCUCGUCUUCACCAGGAUUAGAAUCGACCAAGUCUCGCUACAACAUCGUGAUUUUUGACCAGAAUGAUCCUGAAUCGUCGGCAAAACACAGAAGGUUAAGCAGUAUCAAAGAUAAAAAUUUUGUUCGAUUCAAAUUAUCAUAUAAAGAUAAGUUAAAUGCAGAAGAACUUCUCAAUAUCAUAUCUUCGAUGAACACACUAAAUUCGAUGGUGGUUCCAGAAGCCGAUCUAUCCAGACCAUCCAUAGUAAGCAUGGAUUCUGAGCUGUCGACAAUCUCUUCGGCAGAUUCACUUCGUUCCAAUAUCUCUAAUUCUACUGCUGCUUCUUUGCCUCAGAUUUACAGUCCGUCAGGCACUAAAAGUGCUUCUCACCAUAUGAAAAGCAACAGCUCAUCCCACCGUUCUUGGUUAUGGUAUGAUACAGACUUUGAAUUGUACCAUUCUGAGGACGAUGACUCAGACGAUUUCGGAGACGAUUAUUCUCGUUCCCAUUCCCAUAGCAUCAAACAAAUGAACAGAUUGAUCCGAUCUGGCAGACCAUCCAGAAUUGGCUACACCAACAAAGCCAGCAAGUAUGUCAAUCUCAAUUCAUUCGUUUUCUUUUAA